AUGUCUUGGAACGCAUACACCGACAGCCUUCUCUCCACCGGCAAAAUCGACAAGGCCGCCAUCUACUCCGUGGCGGGCGACUCGCUCUGGGCGCAGUCGGGGGGAUUCCAGAUCGCCCCCCAGGAAAUCACCAACAUUGCCGGUGGGUACGCGGAUGCUUCUCAAUUGCAGGCCCACGGCUUGCGUGUGGAAGGAGAAAAGUACUUCUUGUUGAAGUCCGAUGAGCGCUCCAUCUACGGCAAGCAGGAAGACCGGGGGAUCAUUGCUGUGAAGACCAAGCAGGCAAUUCUCCUUGCCCACUACCCUUCUGGGGUGCAGGCCCAAGAGGCCACAGCCGUGGUGGAGAAGUUGGCCGACUACUUGAUCUCACUGGGCUACUAG